AAUUGAUUAUGCAAGUGGGCUUAAUACAUAUUCUCCCAUUUUCAUGUAAUUAUUUGUAAUAAUAGUAUACUAAACACAUUCACGACGAGAACCUUGUGAUUUUCAUUUUCAGUUACUGUCAUUCACUUCUGACUUUCUGAGUUUCACUCGCACAUCACACACGGAGGGAGAAGCAACUCUCUUCAUCGUGAUUAUCCAUCCAUGAUGCAGCUUCAUCUUUCCUCCCAAAAGGUUUGAAUUUGACAACAAUCUUUCAUCAAUAGCUUCUUCAAUUUUUGAUUUAUCUCUCUCUUAAUCCCUUAUCAACAUCUUUCUAGGGAUAGGGUUUUCAUCUUCCAUAACUUCCUUUUUUUUUUCUUUUUCCAAUUUAUACCUAAAUUCAAACAAAAAAGUAUUUAGGGUUUACUUUUGUUUAGUCAAUUAACAAUGCAAUUCAGGCGGCGUGAAGAAGAUCAUGCUGCACGGUCUCUUUCUCCGAAGUUGCGUUCUCACCACCGGCUUGAUUCAGCUCCAGACUUGUUUCGGAGAAACCGCGUUGAUGGCUUGGGUCGGUUGCCGGUUCAGCAGAGGAAGUUGAAUCCUCUGAGAGGGGAUAUGGAUGGCAACAAAAGGGGUGGUGAUGGAUUUGAAGGGAGGGAUUCGGAUUGGCAUUUGAGUGAUCGAAGAAGUGGUAGGGCUCAAUCCAGGUCCCCUCCGGUUGAUCAAAUGAGGAAAAGGUCACAUUUUGAUGAUGGGGUUGACCUUAGAAGUUCUUCACCAUCAUCUUUAGGGUUGAGACCUAAAUAUGAGUAUUCAAAAUCUAUGGAUUACAGUGGUGUUGAUGAUGAAAAUUUGGAUGCAAAGCGUGUUUAUGUCAAUAGGGAGAAGGGCUUCAUUGAAAGCAGGUUAGGUGGUGGAAAGAGUACUGUGGAUCAGAGGUUUUUGAGAAAUGGAAAUGAAGUAGGAGGUUCAUAUAGGUCUAUUCCAGAUAUCAGUGUAAGUGUACAAUCACGAUAUGAGGAAGAUGGUGGGAACUUCCAUCCGCAGUCAAGGAGAGUGCCAACUGAGAGAUUUGCGUAUGAAAGGCUACAACACCGAGAGCAUUUACCUGUGGAUAAGAUACCGAUCACAGAACCCCACCGUGGGGCUGAUAAAAGUAAAACAAUGUUUCAUACAAGGGAUGCUUCCUAUUCGAAAGAAUCUCCCUCUUAUGCAAAGGAUUUUGCAGGCACUUCUUCUCACUUGAGGGGCUAUGGGAAUUCCUCCGUGGAAAUGAGGAGUGAUUUUCUAUGCUCGCACGGCGACUGUGUCUGUUCACGCUCAACUUAUGAUCAACCUAGGGGUAGCGGAAAACUUGCUGAAGGUGUAGGGUUUAGUGGACAUGGCCGAAGGCCACAUGUAGACACUAGUAGAGGUCCUGAAAUUGGGGAGAGGAAUAUUACGUGCCAUCAAUGUGAGCUUAGUCCCAGUCAUACCAGGAUUGAGCAUUCAGAUUAUUUUAAUUCCAGAUUACAUUCAAGAGCAGCACAGGAUGACUAUUUAUAUCAGUCUGAUGAUAUACCUAGAAGGGUAGAUCCUCAUGGUCGAUUGGACUAUGAGCAAGCUGUAAUAGAAUAUGAUAACAGGGAGUUGUCCAGACAUUAUAUCUCACACCCAGAUAUAGAUAGAACUGGUAAGAGUGAAGAUUAUUAUGGAAAUCCAAGAAGGGGUGCUAUGCAUGAGCAUGACCAGUCUACAUCAAAGAAUCCAAAAUAUGUAGACUAUCAUGAUAUGAGAAGAACAUCAGUUGCAUCAAAGCAGGGAGAUGCCUAUUUGCGUUCUGGAUAUAAUCAUACUGAAAUUGGGAAAAGAAUGCCAAAUGAUUAUGAGGUUUCAUAUUGGGAUGCACCAGAAGCUGAUCAUCAAAUAUCAAAUUUAAGAACAGAAUAUGAACUUGGAAGAGAUGGUGCUCAAGGGCUUCAACAAGAAAGGUUUCAGAGUUCACCUCUGUCUAAGCAUGAUUCAGAAACCUACAGACAAGCUGCCAGAGUGCAGGAAAUGAAUCAGGAUGUUGGCAUUCAUAACCAUUCAGAUAGACAUAUGAAAAGAAAAUACUAUGCCAAUGAGGAAAUAGAUGUGCAUGAUUUGAGAACAAUAAAAUCAAGUAAAUGGGAUGACGCACCUGAUGAAUAUGAAGAUUAUCAUGUAAAUGAAGAGUGGGUGGAUGAUGAAGAUAUGAAUAUGUUGUACUCAUAUGAUAAUGUUGGAUCCAAGCAUAUGAUAUACAGAAAGCAUAAUAAUAAAUACAAUGAGUUGGAAAAUGAAGAAGGUUUUCCUUCUAACAAUAGGAUAUCACCUCAAGUUUCUAUGGAACGUGUACAAAGACCACCAUUUCGAUUUCAGAAGUAUUCCAAUCAAAAUAUAAGACAUUCAAAGUCUAGUUCAUCAAACUGGUAUAAAUCUCAACAUUUUUCUAGAAGAAGUGCAAAUCAGAAACAGCCUAAAGGUUGGAAAAAGUAUCAUGGAUACAAUGAGAACAAGCAUACAAGUAAUGACGAAUCAUAUGAAGAGUUGGUUAGGGCUGCAGAACCUCAGCCAACUGAGGACUCUGAGGAGUUUUUACAAAUGGUACAUGAAAAUUUCUUAAUGUACUCCAAGAAGUUGAAUUUGAACAUAUCUGUCCAAAGAAGGUAUCAGAAACAAGGAAAAGCUGGUGGUUUGUACUGCAUUGUAUGUGGUAGAAGUUCCUCAAAGGAAUUCAUGGACACUCGAAGCUUAGUAACUCAUGCUUUUAUGUCCCAUAAGACUGGCCUGAGAGCUAAACACUUGGGUCUUCACCAAGCAAUAUGUGUUAUGAUGGGAUGGGAUACUGCUGUUCCUCAAGAUACAGUAACUUGGGUUCCCCAGGUCUUGCCCCAUGCUGAAACUUUGGCUCAAAAGGAGGAUUUGAUUCUUUGGCCGCCAGUUGUUAUCAUACAUAAUAUUUCGAUGUCUGAUGACAAUCCUCAAAACUGGAAAGUUAUAAGUAUUGAAACAAUUGAGGCAUUUAUAAGAGGCAAAGGUUUUGUGAGGGGACGGAUCAAACUAUGCUUAGGGAAGCCUGCAGAUCAAAGUACUAUUCUGGUGAAGUUUUUGGGCACAUUUGUUGGGCUGGGAGAUGCAGAAAGGAUUCAUAAAUAUCAUUCUGAAAACAACAGGGGGAGAGCCGACUAUGAGAAGAUAAAAUCCGAAGGUGUCAAAAGCUGUAACAUCAGAGAGACGGAUCAGGGAGACAAAGUGGAGAGUUUGCUUUAUAGUUAUGUGGCGAUUGCGGAGGACUUGGAGAAACUAGAUUUCAAUAGCAAGAGUUGGAGUUCGGUAAAGAGCAGGAAGGAGAUUGACGACCUGGAUAAGGCUCCUGUUAAAACCGACGAGCGGCAAUGAUUAUAACAUAAUUUAAGGCUCUAUCAGGAAUUUCACGGUUCUAAGUGCUAAAAUCUGUGUCCUAAUUGCAUAAUUUGUCUUUCCCUAUGGUUAAGUUAGUAGUAGUUGCUCUAUUUUGGACAAGAUAUGCAGUUUCAGACUAGAGUUCUCUCUAAGAGUUCAUUUAUUGUUUGUGAGUUCUUAUAACUGAUUUGACUGAAAGCUGAUGCAGAAUCCUGUGCUUUAGCUAUAUAUAGGAUUUUAGACGACGUUCAAGAUAAAUGUAUCCAAUGUUCUUAAGAUGUUAUUUCAUUUAAAUACAAAAGGCUUAGGAGAA